UUGCAGUAUCAUAAAUGGAAGUGGUAUUCACCGGAUAUGUUUUCCUGGUCUACAAAAUCCAAAAUCAUUGAGCAGUACUGUUCAGUUUAGCUCAUACUCCCGAUCCGAGUGGUGUUUCUAAGUAAAAUGCGGCGUCAAGUGAUAGUGCUACUGAUUUCAGCAUGCGUGGCUCUGGCAAGUGCCGGAAUCUGCCAAGACAUAAUAAAGAAGCACACGGUUGAUCGUCCAUUUUUCAAAGUCGUCGAAUCACAAGGAAUCGAAAUUUACUAUCCUAAGAAAGGCGAUCAAGAGAUGUUCGGCAUCAAAAUCUACAAGAACAAGGAUAUCAGGAAAAAGAACCUUGCCUGUGAUCUGUGUGUCAAUACAACUCUCGUCGAGGACGGUUGUUUCAAAAUUACAAGUACAGCGCUGACUGUUGAGGUCAGAGAUAUUUUGAAGUAUGUAACGCUCGCCAAGUUUACCGGUUCGUCUAAUGUUACGGUGGCUCCUUCCAAGAAGGCGGAAUUUAUAGAUUUUGUAAUUCCAACGGAAUGUGUUUGCCGCGAUCCACCCGGUGGAUAUUGUGCGAAGGCUUCGAACAAAAUCAUUGACUAUCGACCUUUGUUCAAGUUGCAUGAACAGACCAGAAUCGCCGUAUACCUUCCGAAGGCGUCUGCGAUUGGCUUAACGGUCGGGCUAAAAGCAAUCAGGAAUGUGAAUUUCUACCGCGGAAUCGAACAGAACCUUGAUCUGAACAUUCAAUCAUUCACCGAGCGAAAUGGUUGCUUCGUAUAUGAAUCAUUGUUACUUGCACCAAAUUUUGCUCUGGGCGAUUAUUUAAACUAUAUAGUUAUCCGGAAAAAACCUAAUGGAAAGAAAAUACGUACCGAACCGAGAAAGGCAUAUCUGAUGGAUUACUUCAUCCCGUCGUCUUGCUCCUGUCAACCCGACCGGUUCAAUCUGAUCAAGCCUCCACAGUCUUCCAGAAACUAAAUCAGUAAAAAAGCUCCUACUUUAAACUUUUCAUCGGUUAGAAGUACCAUCGGAUUAUCUUCAACAGAAAUGUCAGCCCAACCAUUUCCAUUCCGCCCGGGUCGUGAUAUUCCAUUGCCAUUCAGCCCUCGUCGUUGCAGCAACGUACGGUGGCUGUCAGUUUGGGGCUGUCCGAGACGAACCUUUCGAGGAAAGUGUCAACCCGUUUAUCACGUUUCAGGCAUCUGUUUGCUAACUUUGCGGUUUGGUUUUUGGUAGACUGAAACUAAGAGAACUGGCAUUAUAUAGGCAUUUAAUCACGUUUCCUAUUUUCUCCUUGUAAAAUAUUUGUGUGCUGGUGAUGAAAAAAAACUAUUGCAUUAAUUUAUUGACCUAGAGUGGUGAAACAAUAUAGUUUUAUUAGAGAUUCAAUUUGAUAAAAUACUGUGAAGGCUUACAUACCAAGUAAACAAAAUUAUAAGUGAUAUUAUCCUAUUGGGCAAUACAUUUCAGCGAAAUCAUGCAAGUGAACUGUUAUUCUUAAAAGUGUGUUAGAUAGUGUCGAAUUCCAUUUCACUAACACAGUGAACAGUUAGAUGAACUGCUGCAAAUAACAAAACCAAAAAGUCUGAAUAUAAAUAGAAUAUGUUGAACGAGAGUAAUCACCAAUUUACUUGAUGUUAGUGGUUUCAACCGGAUUUUUUAGUGAUUACCUCGAAAAUUGGUUUAUGGGUGUGAAUAACAAAAUAACUUUUAGCUCGGUUAGGAAUAAAUGAGAUACUGUUCUGACGUCAA